AUGGCCAUCAACGCCAGCAGCAGCUCCCGGGGCCGCGGCCCUAAAGACCUCAUCCGUGCCCUCGCCGCCCGCAGCGGCGCCGUCAACGCCGCCGUCCCUGGGGCUUUCGACUGGGGCGCCGUCGGCGCGCGCGCGGCGCGGUUCCUGGCGGGCGGGCGGGCGCCGGGGGUUUCCACGAUGGUGGGGCCGCUGGGGGUGGGGGUGAAGGCGCGGAAAAUGCACCAGCGGCGCGCGCCGGCGGCGGUGGGGGAGCUUGUGGGGGCGCGCGAGGUGGAUCUGGAGGAGGAAGCUGCCGAGAAGGAUCAGAAGCAGACCGACAGGGUGGCCAACCUCAUGCUCAACGUGCUCGCGGAGCAGCACAGGCGGGGUCACAAGCAGGUGCCUUUUGGAGAGCUGACCUGCUGCCACCAGUCCUUCGCCCAGACGCUGGAGAACAUCUUCGCGCUGAGCUUCCUGGUGCACGACAGGCGUGUAGCGCUCGACCUCAGUGAUGCGCAAAACGGCGCCACAGUGCGCUUUCUGCCGCAGCGCCAAGCCGGGCCGCCGGUUGGAGAACAGCAGCAGGUGAUGUCAUUCUGCAUGGCCGAUUGGGAGGUCAUGUGCAAGGUCGUGGCGCCGCAGCACACACUCAUGAAGUACAGGCGGCCAGACACGGACCCGUAG